AUGGCAGGGGCCUGGAGGGCUCUAACAUUGGUGGUGGGCUUGGCAGUGGUGGCCUGUGUGACCCAGCACCAUCCGAGCUAUGAGGAGAUUGUCACCCAGGCCUUGAAGUUCUACAACGAGGGGAAAAGGGGAGAGCCCCUCUUCCGCCUGCUAGAAGCCAUCCCGCCACCUAGCACGAACUCCACUACCAGGAUACCACUUAACUUCAAGAUUAAAGAGACGGUGUGCAUUUCCACCCAGCAGAGACAGCACCAAGAAUGUGCCUUCAGGGAGGGUGGGGAGGAGCGAAUCUGCACCGGCGAAUUCGUCACGAGGCGGCGCUGGCGCUUCCUGGCCCUAGGCUGCGACAGGAACGGUGGGCGCGAGCCAGAGCAGGUCCCCCGGAUGAGGCGUUCUGCUGGGUCCUCUGAGGCAGCCCCUCCAAAGGCUGAGAGCACCAAGCUGCCACCUGUGGUCAGGGACCUGUAUGAGAAAGCCAAGUUUGACAUCAUCGCCAACAUCCUGAGGAAUUUCUAGGGCUGGAAAAAGGAGGGGAGACCCGCAUCCCAUGACGAUGACCUCCUCUUCCCCACCUGUCCACCUCCCUCAGCUGUCUUCAGCACUGCCUUUUCUACACAUCCAGGGCUGCCCUCUUUUAGAGGGCUCCCAAGACUCUGAGCCCAUCUGCACUCCUUUGCCUUUACACACCUGCUUCCCACUGCCUGGAAUUCCUGCCCCGUCCUGUGUCUGUAAAUCCUACUCAUCCUUGAAGGCACAGCUGAAAAGUCGCCUCCUCCAGGAAGCCUCCCUGCUCUCCCAGGCAGCAGUGUUCUUCCUUUAUCUAUUUACUCACAGUCCUCAGACAGCACUGUGUCUACUCAUAGCUGGGCCCUCCUGAGCCAGCAGCAGGGGGCUGUGGAAUGAGUUUCUCAGUGAGGCAUUCUGGGAGGGCAGUUCCUUUUGUGCAGGCCCCUAGCACCCCUGCUCCCUGCCCAGUCACUGUGACAACCAAAUACCCCUUUCACAUAUCCAGACACCUCCAAGGAGGUCAGACCACCCUUGAGUG